AUGGCCUCGACAAAAUUAUACCCGCCUACAAAGCGGGAUACACCAACCUCAAGUCCACUGCCAACUCUACUCCAAACCCCUUCGGGCUUGGCCAUCCUUGAACUGCAAGGAACCAUCAACCUUCCUCGCGAUGCCAAAGGCGAGCCUCUCAGUGGGUUCCAACUCGGAAGCGUCGAGUUCCCAGAUUACGUGCCCGGGGAGGAGGGCACAGAUUGGAUGAAUCGGGUGCAUCUGUUCAUCGGGCAGCACCAACGCCUUCAUGGCCAGGUGAAGAAGCUCCCAAAGGCGAUAGCCGUUGUCCGCCGCCGGGAGAACCGUUCCAAGGAGGGCUCGGGAGGGACGCACGCCGAGGAGGGCGAGAACCUCGAGGUCGUGGAGAUUGUCAAGUAUAAGCUUGUCUUCUCCCAGCGGCCUGAACCAGUUGGAACUGCCCACGCACCAGCUUGA